UCCCAAAAAAAAAAAAAAAACCCCAAAUCUCCAAAAACUCCACCUGUGAUUUCAACAAGGAUUCCUCUGCCUCUCUCCUUGCCUCCCUCUCCUUCACUGAGAGUGAAGACAGAACGAAGAAGAAGAAGAAGGAAAAAAUAGAGGGCGAGAGAGAGAGGGGGAGAUAAAGUAAAUAUAGAAGCGAUGGAAACCCUAAUGGUGGAGCGAGUGCAGAGCAGCCUUCGAUCGUUCAUGAACAAGAACGCCAUCUUCCUCUGCGAGCGCCUCUGCGCUGAAUUCCCCUCCGAGCUAAAUUUACAACUGAUGGCGACUUGUUAUUUGAGAAAUAACCAAGCUUAUUGUGCAUACCACAUUUUGAAAGGAACCCGGAUGCCUCAAUCUCGGUACUUGUUUGCAUUCUCAUGCUUUCAGAUGAAUCUUCUCCGUGAAGCUGAAGCAGCACUAUGUCCAGCCAAUGAGCCGAAUUCAGAGGUUCCUAAUGGAGCAGCUGGCCAUUAUCUUCUGGGUCUUGUUUAUAGGUACACAGGUAGAAGGAGCAAUGCCAUCGAUCAUUUUAUGCAGGCUCUGGCUCUAGAUCCUCUUCUAUGGGCUGCUUAUGAAGAACUAUGUAUACUAGGUGCGGCAGAAGAAGCUAAUGAAUGUUUUAGUGAUUCAGUUGUUGCACGCAUCUAUGACCAACAUUUAUCUGAACUGUCUUCUCAGAACUUGUAUCUGGGCAGUGAGGACCGAAGUUUACCAUCUAAUCGGUUAAUAGCCUCUGGGGAUUCUAGUCCAAGGCAAUCAAAACAACUGCCUGCAAACAACUUGCGAGAUCCUCAUGGCAUAACGGGAUCUGGGCAAUCUUCAAAUAUACCUAAUUUGUCACAAUAUAACACUCCUUCUCCAACAGCUACCCAGUUGUCAGGGGUAGCUCCACCUCCUCUAUGUAGGAAUGCACAACAAUACCUGAAUUCCAAUGCACUUGGUGGUGAUGGCUCUUCCAGGUUGAAUGCAAAUGCAGCAAUUCAAGCCAGAAGGAAGGUACUGGAUGACGGGAAAAUACGGAAGGUUUCUGGGAGACUAUUCUCUGGCUCGGAUUCAGGAUUGAGACGAAGCACAAGACUUUCUGGAGAUGCAAUGGCCAAUGCAAACUCAAAUGGGUCUCAAGUAGGAGGAACUAGCACAAGCCAUUCCUCUUCAAAAUUUCUUGGAGGAAUAUCCUUAUCAUCUAAAAUGAAUUCGGCGGUUUCUCGCAGUUUGACAAAUCGGAAGGGGCAACAAUGGGCUUCUGAAAAUUUUGACGAAGGAAGGAGAUCUGAAGUUUUUGAUGAUCUGCGGAUGGAUAAUGGUGCAACUACUGCAUCAUCUACCUCAUCAUUUGUGCCAACCUUUCAUGAUGGUAGAAGUAACAAUCAAGAAAGGCUAAACUAUCAGAUGGGUGGAAUGUCGCAUGACUCAAAAUUGGCUAAUGGCAUAGUAGAGUUGUUGGGCCUCUUAAGGAUUCUUGGAGAGGGCUAUAGGCUGUCUUGUUUACACAGGUCCCAGGAAGCACUGGAGGUAUAUCUAAAACUUCCACAACAUCAAUAUAACACUGGGUGGGUGUUAUCUCAGGUUGGUAAAGCAUAUUUUGAAUUAGUAGAUUUUCUUGAAGCUGAUCGUGUCUUUGAUUUGGCACGCCGAUUAUCACCAUAUAUAUUAGAAGGCAUGGAUAUAUACUCCACUGUCCUUUUUCAUUUGAAGGAGGAAAUGAAGUUAAGCUAUCUUGCUCAAGAUCUUAUUUCAACUGACCGAUUAUCCCCUCAAGCAUGGUGUGCCAUGGGAAAUUGCUAUAGUUUGUUGAAAGAUCAUGAAACUGCACUGAAAAAUUUUCUGCGUGCAGUGCAACUAGACUCGAGAUUUGCUUAUGCUCAUACACUAUGCGGCCAUGAGUAUGUUGCCUUGGAGGAUUAUGAGAACGGAAUAAAGUGUUAUCAGAAUGCACUUGAGGUAGAUGAAAGGCACUAUAACUCAUGGUAUGGUCUUGGGGUGGUCUAUCUUCGGCAGGAGAAAUUUGAGUUCUCAGAGCAUCAUUUCCGGAGAGCUUACCGUAUUAAUCAACGCUCUUCAAUUAUUAUGUGCUAUCUUGGAAUGGCACUGCAUUCAUUGAAGAGGAACGAGGAAGCCCUGGAGAUAAUUGAGGAGGCUAUCCUUGCAGAUAAGAAGAACCCACUCCCAGUCUAUCAGAAGGCUAACAUACUCCUAAGUCUUGAAAGAUGUGAUGAAGCUUUGAAGCAUUUGGAGCAGGUAAAGGAGUUCACUCCAUGUGAGAGCAGCAUCUAUGCGUUGAUGGGGAAGAUUUACAAGAGGCUUAAUAUGCAUGCUAAGGCCAUGUUCUACUUUGGUAUUGCAUUGGACCUGAAGCCUCCAGCAGCUGAUGUUGCUGCUAUCAAGUCUGCGAUGGAGAAAUUGCAUCUCCCGGAUGAAUUGGAGGACACCUUAUAGAUUCAUUUCCUCAAAACUCAGAAGGUGCAGCAAUGGCUCAAUUGGCUUGGCCGCAUGCUUGGGCUUUCGGGCAAUCUUGUGGAAAGCGGGCUUUCGAGGUACUAUUGAAGACAGCCCAUUCUUGAAGAAAGCGGCGGCUAACCUCUAACAUUGUAUUACUCGUCUCAAAUGUAACAUUAAUCAUUCAGUUUUGUAGCUUUAGUGAGUCAUCGAGUGGAACAUUUGUAUUGAGAGCACGACUGAUAAUGCAUGUAUAAUGUUUGGACGCUUACAUCACAGUGAAAGCAACUGCAUAAAUACAGAGGAAAACAUUGCAUUGUUGGUAGAUGACGGCUGUUCGCCUUCUAACCUGUAAUUCUUUUACAUUCUUAUAAGUUUUUCUCGAGAGGUCAAAUGUGUUCCAUUUUAUUUAAAUCUAA